CACCGGGAGCGGCAAGAUGGCGGACGGUGACGGCUUAGGUGAAGCAGCGACUGCUGCGGCGUCUUCUCCUGCCCCUGCUCCUGGCCUGAGCCCGCCGCUGGGCUGGAGGGAGCGGCUGCGGGCCGGGCUGGCGGGCACUGGGGCCUCGCUGUGGUUCGUGGCGGGGCUGGGGCUGCUUUACGCUCUGAGGGUCCCGCUGAGGCUGUGUGAGAAUUUGGCAGCGGUGACAGUAUUUUUAAAUUCAUUGACGCCCAAAUUCUAUGUGGCACUUACAGGGACAUCUUCUUUGAUAUCAGGACUAAUAUUUAUAUUUGAAUGGUGGUACUUCCAUAAGCAUGGCACAUCUUUUAUUGAGCAAGUAUCUGUAAGCCAUUUGCGACCACUGAUGGGAGGAACAGAAGGCAGCAUUUCAGAGCCAGGUUCUCCUUCCAGCAGCAGAGAAAGUGAAACCAGCAGACAGAAUUUGUCAGAAUGCAAGGUAUGGAGAAAUCCUCUAAAUCUUUUCAGAGGAGCAGAAUAUAGGAGAUACACUUGGGUGACUGGUAAAGAGCCACUUACAUACUAUGACAUGAAUUUGUCAGCUCAGGACCAUCAGACCUUUUUCACCUGUGACACGGACUUUUUACGUCCUUCAGACACAGUUAUGCAGAAGGCAUGGAGGGAAAGAAAUCCUCCAGCUCGAAUCAAAGCAGCCUAUCAAGCUUUAGAAUUAAACAAUGACUGUGCUACUGCAUAUGUUCUACUGGCUGAGGAAGAAGCAACAACUAUUGUAGAUGCUGAAAGGUUAUUUAAACAGGCACUCAAGGCAGGAGAAACAAUUUACAGGCGGUCACAACAGUGCCAGCACCAAAGUCCUCAGCAUGAAGCUCAACUGAGGAGAGAUACCAAUGUACUAGUGUAUAUUAAAAGAAGACUGGCAAUGUGUGCAAGAAAAUUAGGAAGAAUAAGAGAAGCAGUAAAAAUAAUGAGAGAUUUGAUGAAAGAAUUUCCUCCUCUUACCAUGUUGAACAUCCAUGAAAAUCUCCUAGAAUCACUUUUAGAAUUACAGGCCUAUGCAGAUGUCCAAGCAGUUCUAGCAAAAUAUGAUGAUAUAAGCCUUCCAAAGUCAGCAGCCAUCUGUUAUACAGCAGCACUAUUGAAGACAAGGACUGUUUCAGAUAAAUUCUCUCCAGAAACAGCCUCCAGAAGAGGGUUAAGCACAGCAGAAAUUAAUGCUGUGGAAGCAAUUCAUAGAGCUGUGGAAUUUAAUCCUCAUGUUCCAAAAUAUUUACUAGAGAUGAAAAGUCUCAUUUUACCUCCAGAACACAUUCUGAAACGGGGCGAUAGUGAAGCAAUUGCCUAUGCUUUCUUUCAUCUUCAGCACUGGAAGCGAAUAGAAGGUGCUCUUAAUCUGUUACAGUGUACAUGGGAAGGCACUUUUAGAAUGAUUCCAUACCCACUAGAGAAAGGCCAUCUAUUUUAUCCUUAUCCCAGCUGCACAGAGACUGCUGAUAGAGAGCUAUUACCUCCGUUUCAUCAUGUUUCUGUUUACCCAAAGAAGGAGCUUCCUUUUUUCAUCCAUUUCACAGCAGGACUGUGUUCUUCUACAGCAAUGAUAGCUCUUCUCACACACCAGUUUCCUGAAAUCAUGGGUGUUUUUGCUAAAGCUAAGCAUUGGAGGACAGACUAUGAUCUUCCAAUGUAAUAGAUGAGGAAGUUUGAGCCGUUAAAGGUAAGAGAGUUCCUUGAAAUCACACAAUAGAUAGCCCUUUAGUCAUAUAUAUGCUUGGUUUCAAAAAUAUGUCACCUUACAACGUAUACUAAAACAAGUACAAAAGAAUAAAUUUCAAACCAAAUACAGUAAUGCUGAGGGAAUAUAGACUGAUGGAGUGAUGAUAGUAAAUUGGCUUUGCUAGUGUCUUCCCAUAGGAGAUGAAUUUGGAGAAGAGUUUUAAAUAAAGAGGCAAUGUGGAUUGUCAGAAAAUAGAAAAGGCACUUAGAUUGCAGAAGUGCUUAACUGCAAAGGUAGAAGUAGACAAAUAAGCUACCUGGAAAAUUCUUCAUAGUAUAAGCCUAUUUGAUGAACUCUGAUGUUUUAAAAUAAAGAAUGCACAUUUGCUUUUCUGUCUUCAAACUGAUUCACUUUAAUUUCAUUCCUGUUCUGGCUAGUAAACCACUUAAGAAAGAACACUGUUUGAUCAUUUAUACCACAUACUCACACAACUGUAUAAAGAACUUCAGCCUUUCUAACUGUCUGAAAUGUGCAGUAAUACUGAAGAAACAGUAGGCACUCAUUUGUAGUGAUUCAGAGGGAAUUUACUUAACUCUUUGAAAUGGUAAAAAAAAAAAAGUCUUAAUAUAAACUACAAAUCUAUAUCUUAUGUUUCAACAUCACUCUUCUUUCAAAAUCAAAGGUGAAGUUUGUGAAGGACUGUGAGGGGAAGUUUAACUGAACAGAAUAAACUUUUGGUCUAAAAUAACAUAACUCGUGGGGCUUUUUUGUUUGUUUUGUUUUGCUAAAGUGGGAUUUUUAGGUAGCAGAUGUACUUCUAGCAGUUGUAACAA